AGAGCCUAAGCGGGUGAGCGAGCGAGAGAGAGAGCGAGGGGGAAGGAAGGAGGGAGGAGAGGCGAGAGGAGGACGCGCAGUAAACGACACAUAAUGCACAGCGAGUAAGGGGAACGUAAGCUGUCAGAGUCCUGAGCUGCACACAGAUCUCAUUAAAGGAUGUAUCGACCGUCGCAGCACAGUGUGUGUGGAGCCUGACAUUCCUCGCAGGGCUGUGUGUGAUUGUCCCUUCUGUUUUCUGACCAUUAUCACUGCGCCUGCUUCAUUGGCGAGCGUGUUUGGACAUCUAACCCCCCACCCCCCCACUUCCUGAGGUCUGUCGCCACGACAACCAUGGACUGCGGAUUGCGUCUGCCGCCCGUCAUUGAGGAGGUCUUGGAACCUGCAGAUGAUGUGUGUGACUUGAAAGCGGAGCGGCCAGGUAUAGGCAGUGAAAUGACCAAAGAGCGAGGCUCGUUAGAGGACAACGAGGAGAGAGACCAGGAGGAGGUGGAGGUCGGAAACGGAGAGAAGGGGCAGGAGGAUGAGCGGGAGAAGAAAGAGGUGAAGGAGGAGACGGUGGAGGAGGAGAAGGAGGGGGACAGAGAGGAGCAGAGAGGAGUGGAUGAUGAAGAUGAGCUGGAGGUUCUGAGGUCGCAGGUGGUGCAGCUGCUCCUGGAGCUGGAGGAGACCAGAGAGGUGUCACAACGACAGGAGGAGAGCUACAACGAGCUUCAGGGUCUUUUGGAGGAAGAGCGGCUGGCAAGCGCCCACCAGGCCGAGAGUUUUACGAGACAGAUCCAGAGACUUCAAGCUCAGCUGCGUUCGGUGCAAGAGGAGCUGGACAGUCUUGAGGAGGAGAAGGCCAGCGAGCUGUGGGAGGCGCAGGAGGAGCUGCGUGUGGCACAGGAGGAGGUGCAGGAGCUGCAGCAGGCGGCGGAGGAGGCCGCAGCCGAGCGGGAGAAUGACAUCGCUCUGCUGCAGGAGGAACUGUGCCGUCUGCGUGCCGAACUGGAGCGUCUGCGUGGCACCACGCAGGAGUACGAGCUGGAGCUCACCACACUGCGGGCCGAAAUCAGCAUGAAGAACCAGCGCAGAGAAGAGCAGGAGAAAGCAGGAGAAGAAGGUGACAUGGACCAGCUGAUGGAGGAGUGUCGCUCCUUGAAAGACGUGUGUCAGACUCUAAAGAACGACAACAAGCAGCUCUCUGAGAAACUGGAGAUGCUGGAGCAGCAGCGAGCCAGCUCAGCUGAUUCAUUCCUGGCACUGAAAGUAGAGCAGAAUGAUGGAGAAAAUGACACAGGAAAAGAUGUAGAGAAGGAGGUGAUGGCCGAGGGAUUCGUCAGCACGUUGGAAGUAGGAGGUGGGGAAUGGGUGGACGGUUAUACCCAAAAGAACAUCUCGUUUGAGGGCAAACCCAUCACCCCGACGAGCGUGAGUGGAGGGUUCUCAGAGGUGUUCUCCCUCAGAGACCAGCUGAAACAGGCCGAGGAGAAAGCAUCACAGGUCCAGAGUGAGUGUGAGGGACUAAAAGGCGAGCUUAUGGAACUGCAGGGGCUGUAUGAGAGCAGCCAGAGGGAGAGGGCGGAUUUAGAGGCGGAGCUUCAGCACUGUAGGGCGGAGCUUGAUCGGCUGGCUGGGAGGAAGGCUCAGAGCUCCACUCCUUCGUCUGAGUGCCCUAUUCUCUCCAUACCCUUCAUAGGAAUGGUUGUAAUAAUGGGCCUGAUAUGGUGCUGCUGGAAGGAGCUCUUGUCCUAAAGGGGAAAGGAGAGUGAGGGAGACUGGAACCUGGUGAUGGUUGUUGCGGUGGUAGCAGCAGCAGUUCUUCUCAUUCCCAGUUUCACUAGAGCUCUGGCCUGAGUGCUGGACAGGAAGUGACCUCAUCAUCCCACUCUGCCCAUGGUACACAAUUCUAUCACCCGACCACACUUAACCACCAAUGGGAACUGAAAACCAUCACUCGCCUGGGACAUACGGGAACACUAUAACAAAUGGCUUCCAAACUUCAUGGCUUCUUGGUGUGCAUUAUGAUGCUGGUUGUUUGCUGUUUCAACUGCUUUCCUCUGCUUUUGUAGACAAUCAUAUCUAUUUCAACCAGCAGUGCUACAGUCACUGAUGCCAUGCUGUGGGUUUUUAAAUGGCCAGAACAGAGGACGACUCCAAGUGCUUCUAAUUGGUCUGACUCCUCGAUUUCCAUUUCUUCAGUUGUUUUUUCUUUCCCAAAACUAUUCGCCUUAUCACUUUACGCUAGAACAUUUGCACAUUUUACCUCUAUAAACAGAUUCCUGAUCUCUUGGGGACUGAAGAGGACAAAAUUCUUCAUCAACAUUGCUUUGUGCUUCAUUGCUUUUCGAUUAGGUAGGAGCAUGCAGUACUUAUUUAAUCUUCCUGGAUCUUCCCAUUUAAAAUAAUUACGUACCGAAGUCUUAAUACUGUCAGAAUUGUUUGUGUUUAGGUUCAAUAACCGAGAACUUCCUUCACUUUAGACCAUGGCAUGUUCUCUUUGGUUUCUAACUCAAAAGCUUUGUAGUUAACUGUACAGUACUUCUCUAUAUGCUAGCAAAGGAGAAUACUCAUGUGAUGCAUACUAUUUGUCAUUUUUACAUUAAUUUUGCUGAAAAAAAAAAUCCAGAUUUUGAAGACUCCAGGUGGUUUAAGGUUAUUACAGCAGGUAACCAUGCUUAUUUUAAACUUACAGAUAUUUUUGUAGCUGAAUUGUUUAUUCCAAGACAUGAAAUUUGUAGAUUGAUUUUGUGUGUGAAGAUUGAUAAAUGAUGCUUAAGAGUGAUAGAUAUUUUUAUACAAAGACUGAAUAAUGUACAAGCUAAAAGAACACUAAAAAAUUCUGAAAGGAGUGUAAUGAACAAGCACAGAUCUACUGUAAUUCCACGAUGCAUUGAUGAUUAUUUGCUGUUGUUGUUUUUAUUUCAUUUUUUUGCAUGUUUGCAAUGACAAAACACAGAUGACUUCUAUGUCUAUACAAUCUCUUCUCUGCAAGGAAUCUGACAGAGUUGGAACAUUUUUACAGAAAGAACAAAAUGGCAUGAACUGGUAGUUCUCAACUGGUGCCGGGACCCAAAAAUAAAUCGCAGGUCAUUUAUUUCAGGAUAAACAAUUUUUAAAUAAAGUUAAAAUACUGUAGCAAAAUGAAAAAGCUUAUAAAUAAUGACCUGAAAUGCAUAUCUUUUUGUAGUCAGUAAAUCUUCCCAAAUCAUUUCAUGCAUAUCACUGGACCUAUGCAGUUCACGCUAAUAUACAUUUUUGACAUUAUUUUUAAAACAACAUUUUUUUUUAUAGUGUAUUUGGUUUUCACUUGAUGUCAAACCAGUUGAGAACUACUGUCAUAAACCCUUACAGAAAAACCAUAACAAAGAUGUUUCUUACAAAGCAAUUUAAAUCUGUAGCAUAAAUAAAUAGCAUGAAUUGAUUAUCUAGUUAAUAAUAAUGCUAGAAGCAGAAACUUCCAUACUGCCUUUCACAAAAAAAGUUAUAAUGGUAAGAAACGUGUCUUAAAUUAUGUAUAUUUCACUAAAGACAUUUAAAACUGAGAAAUGUGUACUUAUAUGUAGCUUUUUACAUCAGAGGUUACAAAUUUGAGUUCUUUGUGUGGAUUUGGGAUUACAACAGCUGUACCUUCAUUUAUGAAGAUUAAUAAUAGUGUCACUGAACUCAUAUCCAUGUAAUGGUUCUAGUAAAUACAUGCGUUAAGCCUUGAGGUACUAUUGUUAUGAACAAAAUCUUUGACUUUAUAUUUACAGUAUUUAUUGCUAUAUAAUCAUUUCUGGUAUACACACAAGUUGUCUUCACCUGAUGUCUUUUGGUGUCAUUUUCAACGAACCGCACAAAGUAGACUUCUUAUCAAAGUGACUUAAUCAUAGUAGACAUAUGUGCUUGUAGACGGCUGACUAGCGCUGUGGCAGUGAUCUUUGUAGUGUGGUUUUAAGACCUGGCAUUAGUUGUUGUUGAGUGUUUGGGAAUAUCUGCCGUAUCCCAAAGUUGUUCCAGUGCUGUUUUCUGCUCCUGUUUAUAGACUCAAAACUCAGUGGUAGCACAACUGAAUGUUCAAUGUUUCAAUGGUCAGCUGACUUUCUAUGAAACACUGCAUGCUACACAGUGAUUUGUCAAAAAAUUAAAAAAGUGCUAUUUGUCCUGCACUGCAUUAGAAGGUUUGUUACUUGGAUGAGAUUGAAUAUGAACAUUUUCACAUCUAAAGAGGUGAAUUUAUUUUACUGUUCCACUCAGCACUUGUAAAUGAUGUAAUAUGUACAGAUCGUGUAUUUGCAUGUCUGUGGAAGUAGAUUCUGCAUGCUGAGUGAUAGAAACCAGUGGUAGAUUUUAGCUCUUGUGACGAUUUCGUACGAUUAGAGUUUGCACGAUUUGUUUAAAUCCAAAUUAACCAAGUUUUUAAACUGUUUGCUUUUGUUUUGUGUUGAAGAUGAAGAACAAUGCCAUUUAUGUCCUCUUUUAAUUUGAUUUAUCUGUACACUUUUGCUGUGGAUGACACCAUUAUGAUUUGAAACUGUCCAGAAUAUUUCCAAAUAUGCAAUCAGAGCAAUCAACUUUUGGAAAGCCCAGGCUUUCUCCAAGUGGACCUUAUUAUGAACCAUUACAUAAAAUGAUUCACUUUAUCAAUGAAUUUUGAAUGUCGUGUUGUCUUUAAUUUAAAGGAAUAGUUCCCCCAAAUAUUUAUUCACUAUCAGGGCUCAGGCUAUCCUAAUGUAGAGUUUGUUUAUUCAGAUUUGGAGAAAUGUAACAUUACAUCACUUGCUCACCAAUUGAUAAUCUGCAGUGAAUGGGUGCCAUCAGAAUUAGAGUCCAAACAGCUGAUAAAAAUAUGAUAAUAAUCCAAAAGUGUGACAGGAGUGGAUCAAUUAUGGUCUUGUUCAUCAGCUGUUUGGACUCCAUCCAUUCACUGCAGAG